AGUGAGGAGAAAGAAGAGAGAAAUGUGACCGAGAUGGGGCAGUUGGCAGAGGAAGGAAGCAGAUAAAAAAAUGAGAGAGAGAACAAAGAAAUCGCGACCGAGAGGAACAAACUGUGGAGGCAGCUUCACUUUUUGGGCUGUGGAAAGAACUUCCAGGGUAUCUCAGUCGCUGGAAUAACAGGGAGCAGGCUGCACUGCUGCAAAGGGUUUGCAAAAGGAGCAAAUAAUCUUGUGGCUGCUGCCCAUGCUGAAGGGAAAAAGGGAUCCUGUGAACAAGAGCGAGGAGGAAACUGCCUGCCAGAGACUGCAAUAUUUCAGUAGCGAAGUGUGCUCCAAAGUUCUUUCCAGGAUCCCCUGGCCUGCAGCUCUUGGUGGGGAGAACCCCCACCCGGGAAGGUUGCCCGAGCUCUCACCCCCUGCCCCUCCCACGCAUGCUUUGGGAUUAUAGGUCAUUUCUGAACAAACAACAAAACUAGCGGAUUUCAGAGUGAAAUUCCGGAGGAAAUUUAAAGAGCAUCCGGAUCCGGAGAGAGAGAGGAGGAGGAAGGAAAAAAUAAAUAAAAACGUGGAGUGAAUCUAAGGCAACCAAAGAAGGGAAGAGAAGAAAGAAACUGACACUUAGGUGGAGAUGGGGAAAUGAAUCACUGAGGAGGUCAAACCAAGAUCGAGGAAGCUGUUGGAAGACUCAUGCAAACUAACUUCACUACCUAAUAGUCUGUCCAGCCGUUACUAACCAAUGUCAACAACUAGGGUGCAUGGCCCGUGCAUGAGCCUUGGGAGGAAGAGACAUGUAGAAGGGGAGGCACUUUCUGUGCUCAAAUCCUCAACCCCGUCUCCAUCCCACGGUCUUGUCAGGAGUGCCAAGUCUCAGACCCGGCAGGAAGGAGAGUUAGUGCAGCGGCAGGGCCGGGAGCAGCCGAUCUUCAGCACUAGAGCCCACGUUUUUCAGAUCGACCCGGCCACGAAGCGGAACUGGAUCCCUGCCAGCAAACAUGCCCUGACCGUCUCCUACUUCUACGAUGCCACGCGCAACGUGUACCGGAUCAUCAGUGUGGGCGGCACCAAGGCCAUCAUCAACAGCACCAUCACCCCCAACAUGACCUUCACAAAAACCUCCCAGAAGUUUGGACAAUGGGCGGACAGCCGAGCCAACACAGUAUACGGGCUGGGCUUUGCUUCCGAGCAGCACCUCUCUCAGUUUGCGGAGAAGUUCCAGGAGGUGAAAGAAGCAGCCCGUCUGGCAAGAGAAAAAUCGCAGGAUAAAACAGAGCUAACCAAUCCAGCCCUGAACAUCACGUCUCACCAGGUGCUGCCAAGCACCAUCAUCAGCUCCAAUGGGCCGGGAGAUGAUAAGCUGUUCCGGAGCCAGAGCGCCGACGUCGAGAUAACAACAGAGAAGGAGCGGCUGAAGAAGAUGCUCUCCGAAGGCUCAGUGCCCGAGGUCCAGUGGGAAGCUGAAUUCUUCACCCUCCAGGACAACAACAACAAGCUGGUGGCUGCCCUGCAGGAGGCCAACGCCAGUGUGGAGCAGUGGAAGAAGCAGCUGGCCACGUACCAGGAGGAGACGGAGAUGCUGCGGCUGCGGGUAGCUGAACUGGAGCUGCAGAAAGCCCACGAUUCCUCCAGUGAGGUCAGCAAGGAGGAGCUGAACCAGACGCUGGAGGAGCUGGAGCUGCUGAUCAAGGCUAAAGACGAGGAAAUUCAGCAGCUGAAGAGCCAGAAGAGUGGCCAGUGGGAGGCGGAGGGGGAGCGCGAGGAAAUGCUGCAGAAGCUGCAGGAGCUGGAAGGACGCAACGAGGAGCUGGAGCGACAUGUGCAUGUGGCUGAGCAAACGCUGGCCGAGCAGCUGGCCGAGAGGGAGAAGAUGCAGGGCGAAGUCACCAAGGCGGGGGAGCUAAUGGAUGUGAAGAUAUUUGAGCUCAGCGAGCUCCGGCGGGGACUUGCCAAGCUGGUGGAAAGCAACUGAGCAGCCCUGGCCACAGAGUCACCUUCCGGGAGAGGCAAAGCCCAGCUGAGGCCGGUUACAAACUGCAGCAGGAAUUGGGACCUGGGCGGGGUCCAGCCACAAACCAAGAGAUGCCUGCAACUGUCUGUGGAGACUGGCCAGAGCCGCCUACUGUGCAUUGAGGGCAGACCUGGUGCCAGUGGGCAGCUGAACUCGGGGGGGGGGGGGGGGGGGGUCCACCCAAGGAGUGUCCAUGAGUCAUGUCCAGGCCUCUCUGGAUCCUGCCUGGCGUUGGCGUGGCUGGCAGGUGGCAGGGUCUCCUCGUGCUGCUCAGUGACGCUGCUCUCCUGGCCUCACUCACUAACGCAUUUCCCUGACAUUUUUACAGAAGGAAACACUCUUUUUCUAGGGACGGGGCUCACCUGCCUGCCUAUUUUUCAGUAAUUUUUCUAGGGAACCACUUGUUUCUUGUGAACCAAACUGCCUGGCUCCUGCUUCCCAGCCCCAGAAAGAGAUGGCUCAUCACACCACAGGCAGUAGCUGCUCCUUCUCCCCCUUCCCAACCGUACUCACGUCUCAUCUUUUUAAUAGACUCUGAUGACUUUUUAUUCACUGUCAGGGGCUUCCAGAACCCCCAUGGGCAGGGACAACGCCUCACCUUGUGGCUGCCCAGUCACACCCUCCAGAGGGGAAGAAGUUGCAGGAUUUCAAGAUGUUGUCUAUUUUAAGGCAGUGGGUUUUCUUACUUUCCAAAGCUGCUUUAAGCUGGGAGGAGCAGGCAGUGCUGGGGAGGGGAUUAGGGUUUGAGAAACAGGAUAGCUUGGGGGGUGACCAGCCAGCCGCGGAGGUGGCAUCUGUCCAGGCUCCAAGGGCUGCCACUCACCUGAGUUAAAUGCAGCAAAUCUCAGUUGCUCUUGUUGCCUCUUGGGAAGCGCUGUCCAGGGAGACAGCAGGCCCCAUGAGCCGCAUGGCCUUUGGAGGGUGCAGGCCCCCAUGCUAUGCUCCACCUUGAGCUGCACAGCUGGAUGCAGCUAGGAUGUUGGCCAUUUGGAGCGUGUUAGGCCUGGGCUCCCUAGGGGCUGCGGGUCAUUUGUGAGUCCUUAUGGGUGUUGUCGAGUAUUGUAAAUCCUACAUGGCCUGCAGAGAGCGGGGCUGUCAAACUCCCCCGCCACCUGCACAGGCCCCGUGGAACCCAGUAGCUGCCUAGUAGCAUGCUUAGCCUGUGUCUAAUGAGGAAGCAGCGUGUGUAGACGUAGCUGGUCGCCCAGCGGGACAUGGGCUGGGUCUGUUUUUUAUGUUUCUCCUUGCUGCCGUAGGUGCAGUGUAGACAGACAUAGUAACUGGAGAAUGUUCCCAUGGGAUUGUAGAGACACUGCAGAAUCUGCCUAAAACUCCAGCGGCCAAAUCCUGCCUUCUGCCCACAUGGUCAAACCCUCUGUCUGCGUGUACCUGGGUGAAAAGCGUAACUCAGCUGGGGCUGAGCUGCCUCUCACUCACCCCCAGCACGAGAAGGGGUUUCCAGGUGAAGGUGAUGUGAAGAGACGUGAUUGCUCUGCCAUUGCACCGGGCUGCCUCAGGGCUCCCUUAAACCCCAGCCCCUGCUUACGCCUGUGUGACUGAGCCAUAGGAGCAGGAGCAGGUGCUGGGGAGAUCAUGAAGAAGUGGAGCUGUGAUGUCAGGGUUACAGAGCUUGUGUCUAGGUUAGGCUGGCCCCUUCCUCCCUCUCUUUCAAAGCUUAGGAGUUGUAGGGAAAUGUAGAUUUCUGAACCUGCGCAGCCAGGAGAAUUUUUUUGCAUGAGCUGCUCCCACGCCUGUGUGGGGGCUAGAGUUAGCUGUAACGUGUGCCGCCCGCAGGGUGGUGGCGGGGGGUGUGUGUACAUGUGUUCCAAUUCCGGGGGCAGCUGUGGCCUGCUUGGAAAAUAGAGAUCAGCUGCAGGAAAGGUG